AUGUGCACUGUCUUCAAUAUAAAAGAAGAAUCCGAGAUUCACAAGCUAAGGUGGGAGAGAAGAUCACUGAUGUUCCAGAUGGCUGGAGUACUGCUAGGAUCAUCGAGUUUCUGGAUGAUAAUUAGUGUCCAUGUAAUGUCUUUGGUGUUAGCUCAAGACCGGGUUCAGUUUGUGCACUAUGACUUCAGGAAAGCAGGCCUGCAUCUUGAUGGAAUGGCAAAUACCAACGACGGUCCAUUGCAUCUUACAAAUAAUACAGAAACGAGCACAGGUCAUGCUUUCCACAAAAGUCCCAUGAAGUUCACAGCAGGCUCGUCUCCCAGUUCAUUUUCAUUUUCAACAGAGUUUGUCUUUGUAAUCUUUCCACUGCAAGCUCCUCCUUCCUACGGUCAAGGUAUGGCUUUUCUGCUAGCUCCUACCACAGACCUCAGGUACGGCGACACUGAAACUUCAGGUUUAGGGAUUUUCAACUCAACAAAUAAUAACAGAACUGAUAACCAUAUCCUGGCUAUAGAGCUUGACACAAAUCGCAGCCCUGAACCAUCUGACAGAAGCAAUAACCAUGUGGGGAUUGAUAUUAACAGUAUAGUCUCGGUCGAUUAUGCCAAUGCUACUUACUUUGAUGAUAAAGAGAAGAAGAACAUAACCCUGAUGCUUGCUAGUAGAAAAAGUAUUCUGAUCUGGAUAGAUUAUAAUGGCACAGAGCAACUACUAACUGUAACGUUAGCUCCAGUACCAACUCCGAAGCCACUUUCACCUCUCUUAUCAAGUACCAUCAAACCGAGUGUGCCUCUCUUAUCAAGAUCCAUCAAUGUUUCAGAAAUUUUCAACGAGACGAUGUAUGUAGGUUUCUCUGGUUCCACAGGCACAGUCAGAAGUGACCAAUACAUCCUUGGAUGGAGUUUCAAGAAAGGCGGAGUAGCAGAAAGCCUUGACUUGUCACAGAUUUUGGAUCCACCACCACCUACGUCUCCACCACCGCCACCACCAACGCCCUCUCCUCCUAAACGCACAAAUCGACUUAAAAGUGUUCUUGGCAUUACUAUAGGAACAGUUUGUUUUCUAAUAAUACUGGGAGCAAUUGCCUAUCUUUACAAGAAAAAGAAGUAUGCAGAGGUUCUUGAACAAUGGGAAAAGGAAUACAGUCCCCAAAGGUACUCCUUCAAGAACCUAUACAAAGCAACCAAAGAGCUUACUGCAAUGGGAGUGACCACUACUUGGACCGAUGUCUAUGCUUUUGGAGCUUUCAUUCUAGAAGUGGUCUGUGGGAGGAGGCCAGUAGACCCUGAGAGACCACUUGAGCAGAUGAUUUUACUUAAGUGGGUUGCUACUUGUGGAAGCAGAGGUACUUUAAUGGAUACUGUUGACAGUAAACUAGAAGGAGAGUUUAAAGCUGAGGAGGCCAAGCUGCUUUUGAGUCUAGGCAUGCUCUGUUCACAGAGCAACCCUGAAAACAGACCAAGCAUGAGAAAUAUAGUACAGUAUCUGGAAGGGAAUGUCCCCGUUCCAAGCAUAUCAUUUGAUACAGCUGGAUUUGGUAUGCCUAAUAUAAGCAAUGAAAAGGUAACACAAAUGACAGCAACCUCCUCAUCAGCUAAUUUCUCGUUUGAAGAUGUAACAAUCCUAUUUGGCGGUCGUUAA